GUGACCAUGGAGAGGCUGUUCCUGUGUGUGAUACUGGCAGUUGCCAUGGCAGUUCGCGCACAGAUCUGCCCAAAGCGUUGCGUAUGUCAGAUCCUGUCACCAAACCUAGCAACACUCUGUGCCAAGAAAGGUCUCCUAUUUGUUCCACCAAACAUCGACAGGCAUACCGUAGAACUGAGACUGGCUGACAACUUUGUCACAAGCGUGAAGAGGAAAGACUUUGCAAACAUGACACGACUUGUGGACCUAACGUUAUCCAGAAAUACGAUCUCCUACAUUACACCUCAUGCAUUUGCUGAUCUUGAGAACCUCAGAGCCCUGCAUCUCAACAGUAAUCGGCUGACAAGGAUAGGCAAUGACACAUUCAGUGGGAUGUCUAAGCUCCAUCACCUCAUUCUUAACAACAACCAGCUGGUACUGAUCCACCAGGAAGCAUUUAAUGACCUGUUGGCACUAGAAGAACUGGAUCUCAGUUAUAAUAACCUAGACUCGAUUCCAUGGGAGGCUAUUCAAAAAAUGACAAGUCUCCAUACAUUAAGUUUGGACCACAAUAUGUUGGACUUUAUUCCAGAGGGAACAUUUUCAUUGCUACAGAAACUCAAUCGGCUUGACGUCACCUCUAAUAAACUCCAAAAGCUCCCGCCAGACCCUUUAUUUCAGCGAGCACAGGUUUUGGCCACAUCUGGGAUCCUGAGCUCUUCAACCUUUGCGCUGUCAUUUGGCGGAAAUCCACUGCAUUGUAACUGUGAGCUUCUUUGGCUGCGAAGGCUCAAUCGCGAGGACGACUUGGAGACAUGUGCCUCACCUCAACAUCUUUCUGGACGAUACUUUUGGUCCAUUCCAGAGGAAGAGUUCCUUUGUGAACCUCCUCUCAUAACCCGAUACUCCCAAGAAAUGAGGGUUCUUGAAGGGCAGAGAGUGUCACUCAGAUGCAAAGCCAGAGGUGACCCAGAGCCAGCAAUACACUGGAUAUCUCCUGAUGGCAAACUAGUUUCAAACACAUCAAGAACACUUGUCUAUACCAAUGGAAGUCUGGACAUCCUCAUCAGUACUGUAAAAGACACAGGCUCGUUCACCUGCAUCUCCUCCAACCCUGCUGGUGAAGCCCACCAAACUGUAUACUUGGUUAUCAUUAAAUUGCCACAAAUCUCCAACAACACCAACAACAUCCAGGAGCCUGACCCAGGAUCAUCUGACAUUUCCACAUCCACCCGAAGUGGGAACAAUGGAAGCAAUGUAACCGGCGAUGUGAAGGGCGGAGUAGAAACAGUGGUGACUGCCGAGGCUACGUCAUCAACUGCACUGAUUAAGUUUAAUUUCCAGAGGAAUAUUCCAGGUAUUCGAAUGUUCCAGAUACAGUAUAAUGGAAGCCAAGAUGACUCACUUGUGUACCGAAUGAUCCCGCCAUCAAGCAAGAGCUUCCUGGUCAACAACCUAGCAGCAGGAAGCUUGUACGAUCUGUGCGUGCUUGCCAUCUAUGAUGACGUAAUCACCUCCCUGACAGCAACCCGUGUGGUAGGAUGUGUGCAGUUCACUACAGAAUCAGAGUAUAUGAGAUGCCAUUUUAUGCAGUCACAAUUCCUCGGUGGAACUAUGAUCAUCAUCAUCGGAGGGAUCAUAGUUGCUUCUGUGCUCGUUUUCAUCAUCAUCUUGAUGAUACGGUACAAGGUAUGUAAUCCAGGAGAUGGUGUUAAAGGCAUGUCAAUGUCAAUGACCAAUGUUCACUCUCAGACAAAUGGACAGCAGUCGCAGCGGUGCAGUGUGACUCCCAGCACCUCCAAGCAUGGCUCAUUUGGAUUAGAGGACCUAUCAGGAGGCUCAAAGAAGAAGAGUGGAGCAGGAGGAGGAAGGGAUGGGACAACUCUUUCAUCUAACUCUUCCCUGCCAGACUGCUCCACAACUACAUCUGUUCUAAGCCAACAGUGGACAAUAGCUGGAGGCGAAGAACAGGAGAAAGUCUGUGAAGAGAGAGCACGAGCUGGUGUCUCCUCACCUGCAACUACUAGCUCACUAACUAGGCCAAAGCGUAAACCCGCUCUGAAUAAACCAGGCUCGGCUUGUUCAAACACCUCAGCUGCUCUAGAGAACCUUCCUAAUGUGUCCCCUCGCCCUACUUCCUCUUCUAUCUCCACCACCUCUUCCACUCUCCCUCCUUUUUCCACUCCUCUAGAUACCCUGAACACAAACCGCAACAAUUCCACCUCACUUGACCAAGCCCAGCCUCCACCCAUUGCCACUCCUAAUGCACUUUCCUCCAUCCGCUAUCGAGAAACGCCCAUUUUGCGGCGAGCUCCUCGCACCCACGCCUCCUCCGCUAAGUACCAGACUAUCCCUGUGGAGGACGGAGGAGGGAGCAGGCCGAGGAGGAGAUAUUCCCUCAGCGAAGGAGGCUCUAAGACUCUCUCGUCCCAUCGAGGGAAUACGGGAGCACCAAAAUUAGGACGUAUUAUGCGGGACAAAAGGAGUCAAUCAAUGAGUGGAAUGGUCUGCUCCAAAGAAGGGGACGUAGACUCUGAUAACGGCCGCUGUGAUUCUGACUGGAUCUUGGAAAGCACGGUUUAA